GGUAAAUGAAUUACAGAUGAGAUAGAGGAGGAGAGACAGAAAGCUGAGGAUGUAGUCUGGCUGGAUCCACAGCAUAAAACCCGACAGAGAUUAGUGCAUCUCAGCCAAACAACUUCAGUGGUUUCAUCUACUGCUUCGCGACGAAGAGAUGCGUUAAUCUAACACCCCCCUUCCUCGCUCCACGUUCUUGUCCUCCUCUGCCUCUUUCUCCCCCCAUCUCUAACGAGGAGCAUCCCGCGCACUGAUAUCUUUUCUUUUUUUUUUUUUUACUCCAUCCUUUUGGCAAUUUCAAGAGAACUGACAACAAGCCAGACACGAUGCGUGGAUAUUCCCACUGUGGGACAGCCGUGGGAUUUAUGGUACUGCUGAACGCGUUGCUGACAUUUACGACGCAAGCUACAGAAGGAGUCCUGACGGACCACCUUUUGGUUCAGCUGUAUGAGGACGCGCAGGAUGAGGCGCACCAAGUUGCAAAACAACAUGGGUUCCAGAGUGCACGGAAGCUUCCCUUUGGAGAGGGCCUGUUUCACUUCUAUCCUCAAGAGACUUCAAAGAGACGAAGUAAACGCAGCACUCGGAUCAAACAGCACCUCCAAACAGACAGAAGGGUAAAGAAUGUCUUCGAACAGGGAGGUUUCAGUCGUCAGAAGCGAGGAUACAGAAAUAUUAAUGAUAUAGAAGUUAACAUGAGUGACCCCCUGUUCACCAAGCAGUGGUAUCUGAUAAACACAGGACAGGCAGAUGGGACCCCUGGGCUGGACUUAAAUGUGGCUGAAGCAUGGCAGCUGGGGUACACAGGCAAAGGUGUUACCAUCGCAAUCAUGGAUGACGGUAUAGACUAUCUACAUCCAGACCUGGCAUCAAAUUAUAAUGCAGAUGCCAGCUAUGAUUUCAGCAGCAAUGACCCAUUCCCAUUUCCACGAUACACAGAUGACUGGUUCAACAGUCAUGGCACACGAUGUGCUGGGGAGGUUUCUGCAGCAGCAAACAAUAACAUCUGCGGUGUGGGAGUCGCCUACAACUCCAAGGUGGCAGGUAUCAGGAUGCUGGACCAACCUUUUAUGACUGACAUCAUUGAAGCAUCAUCCAUCAGCCAUAUGCCCCAAGUUAUUGACAUAUAUAGUGCCAGCUGGGGGCCAACCGAUGAUGGCAAGACGGUAGAUGGACCUCGAGAACUUACACUGCAGGCUAUGGCUGAUGGGGUCAAUAAGGGGCGUGGAGGAAAAGGCAGUAUCUACGUGUGGGCAUCAGGGGAUGGCGGCAGCUAUGACGACUGCAACUGUGACGGUUAUGCCUCCAGCAUGUGGACCAUCUCGAUCAACUCUGCGAUCAACGAUGGCCGCACUGCUCUGUAUGACGAAAGUUGUUCCUCCACUCUGGCAUCUACAUUCAGCAAUGGACGAAAACGGAACCCAGAGGCUGGAGUUGCUACUACAGAUCUGUAUGGAAACUGCACACUGCGUCACUCUGGAACAUCCGCAGCAGCACCAGAGGCAGCAGGCGUCUUUGCACUGGCUCUUGAAGCUAACCCUAACCUGACAUGGAGAGACAUGCAGCACCUGUCAGUCCUUACCUCAAAGCGAAACCAACUACAUGAUGAAGUCCACCAGUGGAGAAGGAAUGGCGUUGGUCUGGAGUUCAACCACCUUUUUGGAUACGGUGUGUUGGAUGCUGGGAGCAUGGUGAAAAUGGCCAAGGAAUGGAAAACGGUCCCAGAGCGUUUCCACUGUAUAGCUGGAUCCAUUCAGGACGCCCAUAAAUUUCAGUCUGGCAAUAAGCUGGUGCUUGCCAUUACCACUGAGGCCUGUGAGCGGAAGGACAAUUUCGUCCGCUACCUGGAGCAUGUCCAGGCUGUAGUCACUGUCAAUGCCACCCGCCGUGGGGACCUCAACAUCAACAUGACCUCACCAAUGGGCACAAAGUCCAUACUAUUGAGUCGAAGGCCCCGUGAUGACGACUCCAAAGUUGGAUUUGACAAGUGGCCCUUUAUGACCACCCACACCUGGGGGGAAGACCCCCGUGGAACCUGGAUCCUGGAGGUGGGAUUUCGGGGUGAGCAGCCUCAGCAGGGAGUCUUAAAGGAAUGGACUCUCAUGCUGCACGGAACACAAAGUGCUCCUUACAUAGACCAGAUUGUGCGUGAUUAUCAGUCCAAACUUGCAAUGUCCAAAAAGGAAGAGCUGGAGGAGGAGCUAGAUGAAGCUGUAGAGAGAAGUCUGAAAAGCUUGAUGAGUAAAAACAACUGAAAGAAAAAUAUAAUCUGCAUGUUGACAAUUCCUUCAAUUUUACUUGUAUUUUUAAGUCUCUCUCUAACCUCAGUCUUACUGCAUCACAUUUGUUUCUUUUUUGGGGGGGGUUCUCAGUGUUUCCCCCCUUCUGUCUCUUGCUCUGCCUCUGUCCUUUCUUUGUUUUUGUGAUCAAAUUUCCCUAAGCCACCUUUGAUGAGUGUUUCUCCAAACAAUCAUGACAAAAGAAUAUCCUUGAACAGUUUAUUCUUUUUAGAGAAAAGCAAAACUAUAUCACCAGAAUUUUACAUAAAUGUAAUGAAUUGUAUAUAUACCAAGUAGAAGCCAACCUUUCAUGUUCUUGCUUUGAUGCCCUGCACCUUCUAUUGCCAAAUGCUGUACAGUUAUUUUUUUCUGUGACUGUUAAUGAUUUUCUGUCACAUUCUACUUAAAGUUUAAACCUAUUGCAAACAGAGCAGUGAUACUUCUUUCCGUCUUUUUAUUUUGUGAAAAUUUUUGUAAACAAGGAAAAGAAUGUGUGAUUUAUUUUGCAAAGUAUGGUCAUGAAUUCAUAUUCUAUAACCUUUGACAUAAUACUAUAAUAAACCUAUUCAGCUAUUUAUUAAAGUAUUU